UAUCCACGACUCUCUCUCUCUCCCUCCCCCUCUGAGAGUGUCAGGCUUUGCGGCACCUCAUUCCCUUACACUUUAAAUGACAUUCGCGUAAAUCGCGUAAGCCUUAACACAAGAGACACGACAGAAGGGAUUACAAUCACUUAUUCUCUCUCUCUCUCUGGGUUUGUGUGCUAUUUCACAAGAAUUGUUGGGAACUACAUUUGGCAGUCAACAUGUUCCUUCUUAGAAGGCAAACCCAGAAUCAGCAGGAGAAUGAUUCCUCACAUCAAGAUGCAAAGGUUGCUGAACUCAGGGCUGCACUUGGACCUCUGUCUGGGCGUCUGUUAAAGUAUUGCACAGAUGCAUGUCUAAGGAGAUAUUUAGAAGCGCGGAACUGGAAUGUUGAUAAAUCCAAGAAAAUGCUGGAGGAAACCCUCAAGUGGAGGUCAACCUAUAAGCCUGAGGAAAUCCGUUGGACUGAAGUGGCACAUGAGGGUGAGACAGGCAAAGUCUCCAGAGCUAACUUCCAUGAUCGACUUGGGAGGACUGUGCUUAUUAUGAGGCCAGGGAUGCAGAACACGGCAUCACCAGAAAAUAAUAUCAGGCAUUUAGUCUAUCUAAUGGAAAAUGCUCUCAUUAAUCUUUCUGAAGGUCAAGAACAAAUGUCGUGGUUGAUAGACUUCACAGGAUUCUCACUUAGUACAAAUGUUCCCAUUAAAACAGCUCGUGAUAUUAUUCACAUUUUACAAAACCACUAUCCAGAAAGGCUAGCUAUUGCUUUUCUGUAUAAUCCACCGAGAAUAUUUCAGGCUUUCUGGAAGGCUGUCAAAUACUUCCUGGAUCCCAAAACAGCCCAGAAGGUGAAGUUUGUUUAUCCUAAUAAUAAGGACAGUGUGGAGUUGAUGAAAUCACUCUUCGACAUAGAUAAUCUUCCUAGUGAAUUUGGGGGGAAAGCUACUUUAAAGUAUGACCAUGAAGAGUUCUCACGGUUGAUGGCUGAGGAUGAUGUGAAAACUGCCAAGUUCUGGGGACUUGAGGAGAAGCCCUUCAACACUAAGAAUGGACUUUCUGGGGCAGAGGUGGCACCAGAACCCGUGCCUGUUUAGCCAGUAGUUUGUUGAGUAAGUUUUCAUAUUACGGCUGUUUAUAAGCUAAAGAAAACAUCCCAACCCGGAAGUAACCGACAAUUUAGUGGCUAAUUUAAGGAGGGGAUUAAACAGUGUUCUGUUUCUUCUUUUAACCAUGCAGCUGAGACGUUUUUAUCAUAUUCGCUAUCCGCAAUCCUCAGCUUUGAGGUGAGCUGACAGCAACUCUGAUUUGAUAUUUCAACUAUGUUCCUGUAGAUUGUGCAAAAUGAAGUUCUUGUGGUUUUAGAAGUUUAGAGCUAGUGGCACCUUCUUGCGAUACGAUACAUCAAUGG